CCUCGCGGCUGUCACUCUGUCUCGUCCACCCAACUCACCCACUGCGACUCACCAUGGCAAACCCCUUCUUCAACUGCUUGAGCCAGCUUCAGCAUGCAGCGAGCCGAGACACAAUGGCACCGCCGCCUCUUGCAACAUCGACGCUGGAUCAAUCCAUACAUGACAACCAGAACCACCACGCGAACUAUCCUGGAGAUGGAUUGGCGUCCUCGUCGCAAAUGUACGCAGGCUCGUCGAUUUGCGCAUGGGAGCCUUCUGGACUCUCAUCCCACCUGGUUCUGUCCUCAUCAGGCUAUGAUUUUGGGGGGCCGAGUGAAAACCCCACCCGACCUGCGCAUGCGUCUCCGAAUCCACAACACUCGUUAGGACGGACAACAAUGAUUUCUCCCGAAGUGUGGACCAGACACAAACGCAAUAUCCGGAAACUUUGGAUCGAAGAACAGAGAUCACUACCAGAGACGAUAGCAAUCAUGUCCCAGAAGCAUCACUUUAACGCAUCUCAAGACCAAUACAAAAAGCAGUUCAAGAAGUGGAAUUGGUCAAAAUACAUACCGGCUAAGGACGGACGCUGGAUGCUGUGGAAGGCCGACCAAAGAAAACGAGAGCAGGGAAAGAACACGGAAUUCGAGUAUCGCGGUCAAAAAUUGACCGAGACCAACAUCCGACCACGUCUCGAACGAAAGAAAUUCGAACCAAAUCCGCAAGCGUUUUCUCCAGACGCCAAAACCCCAAGCGAAAUCAAUUACGCAACCCCACGCGAUCAUAUGCUCUCCCCGCCAGAAAAUAGGCCGGCGCCUCCCCGGAAUACUCAGCCAGCUUGGAGCCCCCCAUCCAAUUUGAAUCGGCUUCAGCGGCAGAUGAGGCUGGUAUGGAAUGGCCGCACAAAGGCGGAUUUCCAAGCGCAGUAUGAGGAAGGACUCGGAGAUGCGCGUUCUGGCCGUGCAGACGAGGCUGAAGCAAAGAUUCGAAGUGCAUUGGACGGGCUUGACAAUCUUCUCUCGACUACUCAUCCCGAAACCAUGGACAUAGCUUACCAUCUAGCUUCAUUCUAUGCUGAACAUGUCCGCAUGAAGGAUGCGGAUACUGUGCUCGACUGGCUCACCCUGGCACAUUUAGAGGACUUUGGCCUCUUUCAUCCAAGGACCCUUUACCAUGCUGGAAGUGUUAUCGAAAUGUUUCGUAAUUGGGGUCGACCGGGGGAUGCAGUCGAGUUUCUCAAGCAAGUACUCCAUGAAUUGGAUAAAGAAGAGCCUCAAUCCAACGACGCCCGGCUAUCCACAGCGACUGCAAGUGGUCCUUCCACCCUAUCCACAAGAGCUGAGAAUACGACCACUGCUCGUGAGCAAGCACAGGCUUCAGGAGUUCCAAUAUCUUCUACGGGUCCCAUCGAGCCUUCCAUGUUACAGUCGGAACAUCGCCAAACAGGGAGUGGGAUGCAAGGGGGUGAAAGUGUGGAAGCCAUGUUUCUUCGUCUAAUUCGACACUGCGAAGAGUUCCCGGACGAGCUCAUGGUGCACUCUCUUCUCUACUAUGGUGCUCUUCUCAACCAUUACGAGGAUAUCGAGGAUGUACUAAAGAAGUCGGAUGCGCUUGACCGGGCAGAACAAGCCAUUUGGAAUAUUCUACGUUCAGACCAGGAAAAGACGAAGGAUCUUCUCACCGCAUGCCUUCAGUUAGCGAAAUAUUUUGUCGAAGCUGGACGAUACGCGACCGCCGACGAUAUCUUCACCCAAAUCGAAUCCGAGGCUCAAGAAACAUUUGGCUCAGAUCAUCCUAACUUAAUUUCGUUCCUAGAGACCAUUGGGACGUUCUACCAGCACGAGGAAAGGUGGCAGGAUGCUGCGCCUCGCUUCGAACAUGCGUUGGCGGCGCGUCUCUCGAGAUACGGGGAGAGACACGAGAGCGUGAAACGCCUGGAAGCCGCUCUUGAGAACCGGCAUUACGAAACAUACAUACCUCAAAGGAUGGGAAGACUAGUUCAUGCGUAGACGAGGCCGCGAUACGCAGAGUGGUAGCGCCGGAUGUCUACUUUGUUGGCUUCCGAUCGCUCAGGGGAUUCCUAGCCUAGGUAGUAUGCCACAGCAUAUCCUUAACAGACGUGAAAAGUGUUAUUUAGUCGGCAAAAUUUCAUAGCAGAAUCAAGAAAG